AUGAGGCAGAGACAAAUCGUUUACCUAUUUCUCGUUUUUGGCUUUGUUCGAAUAUUAUCAAAUCGAUUUGAAUACUUUUUAACAAGAAGAUAUUCCAAAUGCCAUAUGAGACGGCAAGUAAGUGGACGGCAUUUGGCCAUUACUCUCGGGGUUCCUUUUCUCAUAAGAUGCUUGUUCCGAACAAUCCAAUUGGAACCUAAUCUACCUGUUUACGUUUUGUGUUUAUUCCUAUCAACUUCUUUAUCAUUCUAUCCCUAUGCUAAGGACCUCAUCUUACUCGGCAAGUACAUGAUCACGGCUGUUCAACGGCGAAUCUAUGAUGAAAGCUAUCAGUUCUUAAUAGGGCUAGUUACUAUCUACUUGUAUUUUACUAUUCUAACGAUUGAAAUUCUUGACAUAUCUCUUGGACUGUUUUGUCCGCAGUUGCUUUUUGGAAUUCCGAUUCUCUUUCCCAAUUUCAAUUUUCCUCUUAUUUUGUUUCUUCUUCACAACUUCAUCAUCAAACAUCACAGGAAGAUGCCAUUGCUCAUCUAUGAAGUUUAUGAUGAGGACUGCUUUGUACUUCUUCAACGUAUGAGAUGUCUAAGCCUAAAGGAUUGCCCUGAAAUGUCGGUCGCCAGAAUUUUGGAUGCAAAACCCUCCGAGACAACGACAAUACAAAGACGUGAACUGAAUGGACGAAUUGUACAGAUACGAGAUUUGUAUGAAUUAGAAAAGAUAUUACCUUGUUCCAUAAGUAAGAAGAAGAAAAUGCGUGAACCUCUAUAUGCUUUUCGAUGA